AUGGCUUGGAGAUUCAAAGCAUCCAAAUAUAAAAAUGCUGCAGUGAAGUUUCCCAAGAGAGAGGAAUUGAUAUCAGAGUUACCAGUAUCUAGUAUUAGUCAAUCUUUAGGGAAUCAUAUAAAAGCUAGUAGUAAAUAUAUAGUAUUUAAUACAGAUAUAGGCAAGAAAACAUUUCUGUCAUUAAUGUUGGUUCACUGGAAAGUGAAAUAUAGUUAUUUCAAUUAUUUUGUAAAUGAUUUUGAUUUUUCACCAUUUGAUGAUUAUCUGCUAGCAACAGGUUCUAUAGAUAACACAGUUAAGAUUUGGUUACUACCUGAAGAAAGUGGAAGCUCAGAAAAUUUGACUUCUGCUGAAGUAACUCUUCCAUCUCAAGAAAGGAAGGUAGAAAACGUCCUGUGGCAUACCACAGCCGAGGGUCUACUGGCAGCUUCUACGCAUAAAACAGUUAAAGUUUUUGAUGUCAAACAGUCAAAAGAAGUUUAUUCGCUAGAACACAAUGAUUUAAUACAGAGUUUGAGUUGGUCUGGAAAUGGUCAAUUCCUAGUCACAUCUUGUAAAGAUACCAAACUACGCCUAUUUGAUCCCCGCAGCUCAACGGUAGCUCAGUUAAAAAGAAUCCUACAGUUACACGAUGCUAGAAAUAUUGAAAAUAUUUUAUGUUCAUCAUUUUACGAUGUGUCCACAAGUGUAUUAAUACCUCUAUAUGAUAAUGAUACUGGUAUGUUAUUUUUAGCAGGAAAGGGCGAUGGUAGAAUAACUUAUUUAGAAGUGAAUGAACAGGCUCCUUAUCUAGUUGAAAAUAACGUAGAGAGAACAGAUCAAAUUAAAGGUGUCUGUUUAAUACCUAAACGUGGUGUUGAUGUAAUGCAGGGAGAAGUAAAUAGAUUAUUAGUUUUAGCUCAAAACAGCAUCAUUCCUGCCCCAGUUAUAAUUCCUAGAAAGACAUAUCGAGAUUACCAUGCUGACCUAUUUCCUGAUACACCUACUGGACAUCCUAGUUUAACAUCUGAACAGUGGUUACAGGGAGAAAAUAAAGAGUUAUCUCUGAUGAGUUUAGACCCAUAUAAAAGACCAAAGAUAGAAAGUAGAAGAGGGGAGAUGUUUUCUGAUAAUCCCAGUAUGAGUUCUACCCCCUCAUCACCUAUAUCUACCAGCAGUAACAAUACAUCUGUAGCUAAUAGUGUUAAUAAUACUAGUAAAGAAAACACUCCUGAUAAGCAAAGGAGUCAGAGAACCGGAAAAAACAGAAUAUUUCUAAGUAGCAGGUGGAUAAAAUUUGGACAAGGUGUCCGAGCAACUAAAUUUCGUCAUCUAAGAUCAUGUAUAUUACAUCGUAGUGAACAUAUUGAGAAUAUUCGACAUCUAGAUAGGACAGUUCCUGGUGAAAGUGAUUUCUUCCACGCUAACAGAUUACGUUGUGUGGUACCAAUAGAAGGUGGAGGUGGCUCAGUCUCUGUUAUAGAGCUGGCUAAUAAAGGUAAACUACCUAACACUGAUGUACCAAUGAUACAAAAUGGAAGUAAAGUUACAGAUUAUGUUUUUGAUCCUUUUGAUGACAGUCGACUUGUUGUAUGUUGUGAUGAUGCUAGGAUUCGAGUCUGGAGAAUACCAGAAGGAGGUUUAACAGAGAAUGUAGAAGAACCUGAAAUGGUACUAAGAGGUCACACAGAGAAGUUAUAUUUUGCCAAGUUUCACCCGAUGGCUAAAGAUUUAUUAGUUACGGCAGCAUAUCAUAUUAAAUUAAAAUUCUGGGAUUUAUCUGAUGGUAGUGAGGUGAUGGAGAUUACAGAUCAUCCAGACCAGAUAUUUUGUUGUGCUUGGAGUCCAUGUGGUAAAUAUUUAGCUACAGUAUGUAAAGAUGGUCAACUCCGAAUUUAUGAUCCUAGAAACAGUUUACAAGCUAUUAGGAGUGGACCAAGUCAUCAAGGAACUAGAGGUGCUAGAUGUGGCUGGGCAUUAAACGGAAAAUAUAUUUAUACUUCAGGUUUCUCCAAGAGCAGUGUUAGAGAGAUAAUUCUAUAUGAUAGUAAUGAUUUAUCAGAGAAAAUAGCCAAUGGCACUCAAGAUACUUCACCAUCAAUAUUAAUACCAUUUUAUGAUGAAGAUAGUAGUACUGUAUUUCUCACUGGUAGGGGAGAUCGCCAGAUAUUUGCAUAUGAAAUAUCGACUGAACACCCCCAUCUGUUUCCAUUAGCAACGAGUAGUUUUGGAACGAUACAUCAAGCUCUGUCGUAUCAAACUAAAGAUAAAUGUAACGUUAGAGACGUAGAGUUUGCUACAGCGUGGAGAUUAACCAAAACUACUAUAGAACCAAUCGUAUUCAACAUACCUAGAGUUAAGAAAGAAUUUUUCCAAGAUGACUUAUUUCCUGAUACAAAAGUUACAUGGGAACCGGUUUUAUCUUGUUCAGACUGGUUACAAGGACAAGAUGGCCACCAGAGAAAAAUCAGUUUAAAACCAGAUGAUAUGGAAACAUUGACUUCUCAGCCAGUUUUAGAGAAGAAACCAAAUAAAUAUGAAAGUUUUAAUCAAGAUACGUAUAAAUCAGACGAUCAAAAGAAAGAAGAGUUACUGAGUGCCAUGACAAAUAAACUAGAACUACAUGAUGAUCCCCUACCUCAAGAUUUAACAGAGGGUGUAGAUGAAGAUGAAUGGGUAAGAUGGUAUUUCUAUUUAUACCUCAAGGGUUCCAAAUAA